AUGGAACAGCUCUACGACUUUGUGGCAAUGGCUAUCACUCUCCAGGAAGGCGAGACCUAUACAAGCAUUUGCGCCGCAGCAAAAGUUUUGGCCGUGAUUAUCAUGCUUGCUUUCCGCUUUCUAGCACUUUUUCCGACAUACAUCACUCUUACUCUAGCGGAGGCAAAGUUUUUGCCCGCUGAAAUAGAGACUGUGGUUCCGUCUUUGACCAAGGAGCGAGGUUUGAAGAUCGGAGAACUGACUGGCGAUGAGAAACCACCAUUCGGUCUUGAGGCAUUCACCAGUGUCCUUAAGCCCUUUGGAACGGCCAGGUAUCUGCAGCUCAUUGAACUUCAUCGUAAGAAAUGUUUUGCGCACAUAGUCCUUGAGGUUGCCCUUAUUGCUUUCAUACUGGUGGCAAAUCGUGUGUACCCAUAUGAAGGUGAAGGAAUCGCUUAA